CUCAAGAGCUCCUGGAUGACCCAAUUCAGCAGCAGAAUGAUGAGCCUAAGGAAUGGAGACCAGGAAUAAGUGAAGGUUCCCAGCAAUGGAGAGGCAGCUUGGGCAGAAUCUCUCUUCAAAUGGCUUCUCUUCCUCCUACUCUCAAUAACCUGAAUGGAAGAAUGCUGCCCCACCUCACUGCUGGGCUUCUCCUUGCCUUGGCCUCCUCUUCUUUCAGCGUGUCUGAGGUCUUCAUUUCAGGAGUUUAGUUUGCCUAGUCAGCCUGUCCUACUGCAGCUGCAAGAGAGCUGGAAACAGUCUUCUCCCUUUGUGCCUGUAACACUCCCUAGAGCACAUGACCCAGGCACCAAGAAUCAGCAGAGAAACGGACUCCACAGCUGGGAGAGUGGUCCACUGUUAUCAGAGACUCCGACACGAACCAUGAGAACAAACCAGCUCAUCAAAUACACUUUGUUUGUCUCCUGUUACCUCUUCUGGGUGGCCAGUGGGCUCAUGGUUGCAGUUGGCAUUUAUGCCAAACUCUCUAAAGAAGCAAGUGCUGUGGAUUCGCUCCUCGCUGAUCCCUCACUGAUCCUGCUUACGGUGGGGAUCCUGAUGUUUGGCAUCACCUUUGUGGGGUGUACAGGAGCCUUGCGUGACCUGCCUGUGCUGCUGAAAAUUUUUGCCUGGAUUUUACUGAUCAUUCUCAUUCUCCAGAUCGUGGCUGCUGUCCUGGGAUUUCUCUUCUCCGGCAUGGUGUUGGAGAAAGCAGCAUUUCUGAUGGGGAAAGCUAUCUCCGGUUAUAGGGAUGACCUAGAUUUACAGAACCUUAUUGAUUAUAUACAGAAAAAGUUUGAGUGCUGUGGGGUGCACUCCUACAAGGACUGGUCCCAGAAUAUUUACUUCGAGUGCCAAGACUCCAACCCCAGCCUAGAACGCUGUGCUGUGCCUUUCUCCUGCUGCAUCCAAAAAGAUCAAGAGGCAGCCAUUACUAGUGUUCUCAACAGCAUGUGUGGCUAUGGGACCCAGAACCUGAGAUCAUGGAAAGCAGAGAGUCUGAUAUACAUUGAGGGCUGCUUGGAAAAGAUUGUUGGCUGGGGGCAGAGAAACCUGCUGCUUGUUGCAGGGCUAGCAAUAGGACUGUUUUUCUUGGAGAUUCUUGUGUUUUCCAUGGCCGUGAUGCUCAUUUACCAGAUUGACUUUAUUAUACAGAAACGGAAAAGCACAAGGAGGAGAGGCCCCGAGAAAUAAGUCUGUUGCUCCCAGCAAAAGCCCAGCAUGGUCUCUAUUGCCGCUGGUGCAGUCUAUGAAGAAGGAACAAACUGAGAUCUCAGUCAAAACACUGUGAAUACCCCAGAGGGUGCCAGAGCUCAUGCCCCAGGUGAAUGAACAGACACUGGAAAGCAUUUUCUGUGCACAUGAGGCAGAGGCAACUGCUGCUUGGAAAGGACCCUUGCUGCCUGGUGGGAUCAUCUGAUGGGUCUCUCACUCUCUCCUCCCGCACUGUUUUAUUACCAUGGACAUUUGCACAAAACCAGAUCUUUCUUUUCUGAGAUUCCUAAUGCUUAUUCUCCAUCUGUGGUCAGAGUACUCUGGUUGUUUUAGCGAUCACUUUGGAGGACAGGAUUACAAUUGAAAAGAAACUUGACAAAUUGGAGAAUUGGUCAGAAAUCAACAAGGUGAAAUUCAGUAAAGACAAGUGCAAAGUACUACACUUAGGAAGAAAAAAGU